UUAAAGCAGCGUAGGUUCUCCUGGGACGAAGAAGAGGAAGAAUCGCUGUCAUGGCGGCCAAGGUGGUGAUGGUGGCCGUCCCAACAGUGCUGGGAAUAGCCUCCAUCCGGGUAUACACUGUGAAGGAAGCGCCCACAGACGGGCUGGUUUCUCGAGACCGGCUGAACAUCUACACACCGCCGUCAGCGGCGGCUCCAGCUAAGUUUGCUCAAGAGAGUCCAGGACUUAUUGAGAGAGGGUUUACUACAAGCAGAGAGAGCGUUUUGCCGUCGCUCCAAGCUGUAAAGGGUGCCUGUGUCUCUGUAAAAAGGGGAGGUGUUAAUCUUUACCAUGCUGGAGAGGACGUAUAUUACUACUUGAUAGACCCUCCUCCAGGUUUUCUGCCCAGAUUUGGCACCAUCACCCUGGCUGGCCUGCUGGGCAUGUUCUUGGCACGGAAAGGCUCUCAUUUCAAGAGGCUAGCGGUUCCUUUGGGCCUGAUGAGUGCCGGGGCAUCGGUGUGCUACCCAGCCCAAGCAGUGUCAUUGCUUAAGGUGACAGGAAAGAAGGUGCAUGCUGCAGGGCGGUGGAGCAGCGCUGCAGUGUCGUCACUGCUCACCACCAAGGAACCUGUUGCCAGAGAGAUCGCUGGUUCACAGCUGCAGGUUUCUUCAGAACCAGGUCCAGAGUCUACACUGACUGAGGAGGCCUCAGCCAACAGUUCCACAUCAGACACCUCAGCUAAGAGCUUUGCCAUUUUGGAGACAGAAGUGGAAUCAGCCGAGUCUGUUCCUGUUUCUGACGAGCCGGUUGUCACUGUCACUACAGAAGAAGAGUCAUCAGUAGCGGUCACAGCAAUAUCUCCUAAAGAGACAGGCGCAGGUUCUUCAACAGAUUCUGAUCCAGUACAAACAGAGCCGUCUCGUUCCUCGGAAGAAACGGUAGAGAAUGAGGAGGCCUCAGAUGAAAAACAAGCCUCAGACGAUGUUUCCUUUGACACAACGCCAGCCGGUCCAAUAGAGAGUUUGGAACUGGAGCCCGUCCAGGACAAGUCUGCUGCAGCCAUCUCUGCAGAUGAGGCCAGACCUUCUUCUGAAGGAGACAUCCCAUCAGUACCUGUUGUUGAACCAGUUGCUGAAUCUAAGCCAGCUGAGGAGCAAUCACUUCCUGCUGUCGAGGAGAAACCAACCUCAACCGCCGUCACGCUGCCAUCUCCUCACCAGCCUCCUCAACAACCUGCAGCGGAAAACAGAGAAGAGGGCUCUGGUUUCAAGCCAGACCCCACUCUCAUGGACUUCGGCCAGGCCAGCCCUGAGGAUGAGGACCUGUACAGCACGCGCAGCUGAGAGAGCUACAGGACAGACUUCAUUCCCACACUGCCGUCUCACAUCUCAUCCCACUCACAGGACUCUGCAAGCAAGGACUCUUAGAAAGAUGUUGAUCAACAUUUUCACUCUCAUUUAUGUCUGCCCACAUUUCCACAGAAAACAUCCAGAUAAGUUAGCAACGGUGUUGCAUUAUAAUGAAUUUCGGUACUCGUACAAAAGAAACCUGGAAAAAAACACCCACAAUUUAAUAAGAAUUGGCAGACUGUAGAAGUUUCUGUUUGCGUCAAUCUAAAUGUUUCUGGCUGUUAUGCUCAGUUUUCCACCAUCAAUUAUGCAUAUUUAUUGUAAUCUAGCCAACUUUGUUGAUGAUUUAAAUAUUAUUUCUCUGAUGUGCUGAUGAUGACUACAAGGAGGACUUGUUCUGCUCCAUUUUGUUAAAUCACAAAACCUCUUGUAAAGGAACUCAGAAUAAAUGUUUAUUUUUUGUGAAUUUGUGUUUGGUCAUCUCAAAACAUGAUUGUAUGUACAUGUAUUUAACAGAUUUAUGAAUACAAAAAAUAUUUUGUUCUUAGCAAAUAAAUGUGCUCCAGACUGAGCGAAGCUGUA